AUGCAAGGGUUCGUCGGCGCGAUGGCCGCUGCAGCAAUGAGCAUUGUUUUGUGUGCAGCUUCGCGUAGAGUCGAUAUCCCAAUCAUCACUCGUCCGCGUCUGCAAGAGGAUGUGACGGUGCAGGUCCCCAUUCCAUCUCGUGGUCCACUUCCAGCAUUCCAAGGGCCUUUUGUUGAUGAUAUCGAGUCUAUGCCGUGCUUUCAAGAGGAAAGAGAAGUGCAACUGGGAAAAACGUAUACUCUGAACUUGUGCGUUCUAGAAAACGUAACACUUUCACUUGGUCUUGAAAAAAAGGUGGAGGAAGUCCAGCUGAAUGUGAAUGGGGACGUGUCGAAACCUCCCGAUGCAAUCGAGGACGGAGACGAUGUUACAGAAGACCCAACGACCAAAGAAGAAAAGGAGUCAAAAACAUCUAUUAUUUUAGGUGUUUUUCGCGGCUGGCACAUCGAUCCUAUCACGUUAAGCUACAAGUACAUGAUUUACGACGAUGGCGACAAAUGCAUGGACAAUGACAGCUAUUCUACAAAGGUUGAGCUGAUUCCUUCUAGUAACCCGGAAUCCGACACAAAGCUAUUUGGGCUCAAGAAAACAGGCAUGUGCACGUUCAAGGCAUCCGUGCUUAUCUAUGUUCCGCAGGAAGUUCGUGUUGCAGGACGAGGGAUUCAUACACCCGGCGUGAUUGACAUUAGUAGUGCGGAAGCGUCAUUGCCGGUGAUUUGUGGCAAGAUGAAAUGUCGCUACGAGGACAUUACGAAACGAAUGCGCGGUUUGUCGGAUCAGAUCCGCGAUGUUCAAGCCUCGAUCGUGGCAAGGUCAUCGGAAGCGAACACACUCUUUACUAACAUGACUAUAGAGGUAUCAAAGAGCACACUCGAGUCUGCCACCCAAGUUGUCGAGAGAUCACUCGAGCUAUUCCAUGAAAUUGAGAGUCUGCAACAGUCGUUGGCGAACAAUUUCCUCGAACGAGAAGAAGCUGCAAAGAAGGAGAUUGCAGAACAGGACGAGGAGGAGAAAAGCGGGACACUUCUCUAG